GGAGAAGUAGAUAAGGUUUUAUGAUUGCUGAUCGUCUUCUACCUCACUGUUUCUAAUCCGAAAGAGCAAACUAUGAGUCUGAUGAAAUCUCUGGGUGCUUCGGCGGUGGUGAACGUCCCCGCCGCCGCCGUCACCACCACCCAGCUUCAUCACGGUACACAUUCCUUCCCCUUCCUAUCGUUGCCACAACAUUUACCCAAACUAAACACCACCACCACCAGUAUCAGCUGGAAAACAACUACCCCCGUUAGGACAUCUGUCGCCGCCAUCAAUUCUUCCGACACCGUCGAAAAGGAAACAGAGAGUAAAAAGGAAUACCAUUUUGUGGUUGCGAAUGCAAAAUUCAUGUUGGAUGAAGAAGAACACUUUCAAGAGCAGUUGUUUGAAAGAGUCCGUCUUUUCAAAGAGAGAAAUAUGGAGCAGGAUUUUUGGCUUGUGAUUGAACCCAAGUUUUUAGACAAGUUCCCCACCAUUACCAAGAGACUUAAGAGACCUGCAGUUGCUUUGGUUUCCACCAAUGGUACAUGGAUCAAGUUCAUGAAGUUGAGACUAGAUCGAGUUUUGUUAGAUAGCUUUGAAGCGGAGAGUAUGGAAGAAGCACUGGCAUCAAAUCCUUGUGAUAUAGAGUUUGAGAAACCAAGUAAUUGGGUCGCCCCAUACCCAAAGUAUGAGUCUGGUUGGUGGGGAUCCUUGUUGCCUCCAAUCCCUCAGACACAACAAGAAUGUAUGUUUGCGGUUAUAAGAAGAAUAUUCAGGAACAUCGAGUAUGUAAAAGAUUUCACCCGGUUUGGACUUUGGAAGUUGUAAAAGAUUUUUAAAAUUGGAGGGAUAUAAAUCUUACCCUUCAAACCAUGUGGAGAGGGCAAAGGAGUGGCUGAAUUUUGUAGAACAUUCGUGAUGGGGUUCAAAAAUAGCAUUAGAACGAAGGGUAUGCUUGUGUUGAGGUUGUAAAAUUUGGGAAUCCGAACAUGUAUGAAGCUGUUUGUGAGGUGGUGGAGGUGAACAAAGAAAGGGAAGAUUAGAGGUGACGGUGAAGGACGACGGAGGAAGGAGGCGAUGGCGUGAAAAUGAGGGGCACUGUGAGGGCGGUGGCCAGACAUAGUAUGGGAUGGUGGGUCAAUUAAAGUGAGGAGGGAUGUAACUUGUAAGUGAG